GAAACUAGCAGAAGAAAAAUUGAAUGCUUACAUGAACAACAAUUCAAAAAGUUUGCGACAGUUUCAAUAACUUUCAACCGAUCGAACUGCAGCUGUGCAGCAUGACAAGUUAUUUUGAACAAAAUCGAACAGAAAAGCAAACGAUGAACACCUGGCGACAACAAGCAUUGUUGGAGUCAUUAACACACAAGAAAAUCAGUGAAGAAUGUUCGUCUAUUAAUGGAGUCAUCCGUCAGCUAAAGCAAGAUUAUGACUAUAUUACUGAGCAAGAAGUUAAAAAGUCCAUUGAAGGACUUCAACAUAAGUUUGACAUUCAUGCAGAACAUGAAAAAAGUCGACAUUUCCAAAAGCUUGUUGCUGAUUACAUCCAACUCACUGCACCCACAGGACUUACACAUCCAACAUGGUCCAUUCUUCACUUGCUCAUCAGGCUAGCAUAUAGACCUACUGAAAGAAUGGGGAUAGCAAGAGACGGAAUUAUUCUGAAAAACUUGAAUAUUGAAAACGAGAAAAGUGACUACAAAAGCAUUGAAGAUACUGGAAACCUUAUGAAAUUUGAUAAAGAAGUGAUACAUUCAAUGUCUGACACUAUAUUAAGUACAUGGACAGAUAGUGAGGAUGAUGACAUUGAAGUAACAGACAAUAAAGAUGUAAACUGGACAACAUCAUGUGUAGUUAAUCCGAAUAUUCCACUGUUUUGCUUCUUCAAAAAACCUGUCAUUCGAAAUUCUUCCUUAAAUGACUUAAUUCAGACAAGAUAUAGUAGUGAUUCCACAUCAAGAACUUGGACGGACUUCCAGCUAUUGCAUGAAGUUUUAUGGGCUCUUCAACAAUCCUGUGAUAGUAAUUCAUUCUUCGUGUCCGCCGAAACUACAAAUUCUAGUGUUCAAACUAAAGCCAUUAGAUUGGUUGGCCUUCCACAUCUUAGUUUGCAUUUUUUCCGACAACUUCUUCAAGCGAUACGAGAAAUUAACUUGUUUUCCAACAAGACAUCCUCACAAGAAACUUACACGUUGACACAUCAAGCGUACGCAGCUGCACUCGCCAGUAUUGUCGCUGAUUUUAAACAAUCAGUUUCCGACUUCGAAAAGCGUGUUGCCGAACAAAAGACCACACUUACCUUAAGUCAUCUUUUGCUAUUUCUGAAACCAUGGGCCUCAACUAUUUCCAGUAUUUCUGCAAUGCACAAAUCAAUCAUGCAAACGUCUUCUGCUCCAACCGAUAACAAUACGCGCGUCACCCAUCUGUUGUCAGUUCUGUUCGAUUCAACUCAAAAAGCACAAGUCGCUAACUACUCCACACUUUAUCCGGUUUUGCUGAAAAUUCUGUGUUCGUCAUUGGAGCCUUUCUUGAAUAUGGUUGAUCUAUGGCUUAGCCAAGGACAAAUUGUGGAUCCUUUUCAGGAGUUCGGCAUUAUUCGAAACGAAGCCAUUUCACCUCAAGAUGAGCGGUUCUGGUUUGAAUCUCUCUUGUCACGUCCAAGCAUCCCUUCCAUAAACUUUCUUAAACCAUUGAUGGACGAUAUCUUACUAGGGGGUCGUUCGGUGGAACUCCUUACCAAAUUAAAAAGAGAGUUUAUUGAUAUGAACUGUGUGACAGCAUCCACCUGCCGCUCAAAAACCUUGGCGGAAAUUUUUCGAGAACGCUUUAAUAGACUUGCUUCAUCAGACCCCUUCCAGUGCGCCGUUUCUCAAUCAUUUACUCUUUCUGCGCCGGCCACUGCUAAUCCAAAACAAAUUAAUUCCAAGAACCCCUUGCUGAGCAAGGCCUUUAAAUGUCUUCGUAACGAUUUCUGCCGAAACAAAUAUUCUGAAGGUCAAGAGACUCGAUUGGAAACAUUAAGUACGCCACCGGAAUUCUAUCCGCUUUUACCUUUACUGGAGAAAAGCCUGUUGGAACCCAUGCGAAGUCGCCAGCGCCUGGUUUGUAAGGCUCUUCUCGAUACCUUGUUUGAGAAUUGUGCCCUUGGACAGCAUAUCCGGACCCUUCGCCAAAUUCACUUCAUGCAGGCUGGAGACCUAAUGGGUCGCUUUUGUCUACAGCUUUUCCAAAAAUUCAAAAUCGGUGACAAGUGGGACAACGAAUCUAGCCUUACUUUAUCUCUUCUCAACUGUAUAUCUCCUAGAAUGAGUCAAUCUGCUCCGUACCUUUUUGUAAACAUAAGAAAAGGCAACAACCAACAAAUGUCUGUCGUAAAUCUAUCGGAUCUACAAAUCAAUUACAAAGUUCCAUGGCCAAUCAAUUUGGUUGUGACCCAAGAAUCGAUGGUUCUCUACAAUAGCGUGCUCAGUUUCCUGAUGAAAAUUAAACAGGCAAUGUUUUCACUUCAACGCUUGUCAUUCAAAGCGCUCAAUAGUAUGGACAUUGAAAAAAGCGGCCGCCCAAGACAGAAAGAAAUGCUGCCAUCUGCUGCUCUUCGUCACCGAUUACAACUAUUGCGGGCGUGGCUACUUUAUUUUGUUUCCAGUGUAGAUAAUUACAUAAUGGAAUGCGUUUUGGAGUCGUCACACAUUCGCUUGGACAUGCAACUGGAGAGUGCGGUCCAUCUUGGCCAAAUUAUUGACAGCCACCACGAUUACGUUUGCUCUAUUCACAAACAGUGUCUUCAGCAGCCUUCGGGUGCAUUCUUGCGCGAUGCUAUAAACGAGGUUCUCUCGAUUUCAAUGGAAGUAGCGAAUGCUUGGAAGGAUGGAAUAGAGUCGGAGAAGCUGACUAAUCUAGAGGAAAAUUACGUAAAGCAUCACCAAUUUGUAGCAGCCGUCCUUGAAACAGAUAGCGCACAUUCCAUGCUUCCUCUGGUCGAAACGCUUGCUGCUGCCUUGAUCCAUAGCUGCCCAGCGACUCGUCGAAAUUAACCGUAUUGAUAAUUCUGAUUGGUUUUCCUGCUUCAAUUUUGUAAACCAACGUUUGUGAGCUAAAAGUAUUGAGAAGUAAAAAUGAUGCAACAUUAAAUAACAAACUAUGCAAGAAAAA